ACCACCGUCUGCUGUUGUAGAAACACCUGUAUUGGGCUGGGACCAGUGUCUGCUGUUGUAGCCUCACCUGUAUUGUGCUGGGACCCCUGUCUGCUGUUGUAGCCACACCUGUAUUGUGCUGGGACCACCGUCUGCUGUUGUAGAAACACCUGUAUUGGGCUGGGACCAGUGUCUGCUGUUGUAGCCUCACCUGUAGAGUUCUUGGUCCUGGAUACACCAUCUACAAUGAGGGCUCUGGUGCUGCUGCUUCUCUGUGUCUGGUGCAGCUACAGUCAUCAGGGGACAGAUGGGUUCACCUCCAGCCCAGGGCAGACUGGAUCAGGAACGCUAGCAGUAUCUGGGUCGGGAGAUGUCGGGGUUCCCAACCAACAGCCUCUGAUACUGGGAUGUAACUACACUGUGAGACCAGGGGAGAAUGUGACAGAGUUCCGCUGGAGCAGGGUGGACGGCGGCACCACAGUGGACAUCGUCAGGGGCACAGUGGAUCCACCCACAGCUACAUUUUUAGAUUCCUGGCAGGACAAGGCAUGGUUUACUGGUGACUACACAUCCUCUCUGAACAUCAUGUUGAAAGUCUUUCAGGUGAGGCCCAGCUAUGCUGGGUCAUACAGGUGUACAGUGGGUGGAGCAUCUGGUGCUGCUGAUGAAGUGGAGGUCACUGCUUCCAUACUGACUAUUGUACCACAAGACCUUUCCCUCCUCAUUGGUGAUGAGGUGACCUUGACCUGCACUGUGACCUCUGAUAUAUUAAAUGCAUCCAACAUGUACUUCACAAAGAGGCAUAACUCAAUACAACACACGUGGGACAUGUGCAGGAACAAAACUAGGAAGAAGCGAUACUUUCAGAAACCAAUCAGCAGCGAGUAUGUAACAGUCAUCAACUCUACCACCAUACAGCUGAAGUACAGGACCCAGGAAGCCAAAGUUGAUGAAGGUCACUAUCGUUGCUGCUUAUGUGAAAAUAAUCGACCACAUGUAGCCUUUUCCAACAUCAAACUGUACAGGAGAAUGGAGCCGGUGACAAAUGUGUCGUGUGUGGUGGACAACUGGGCAACCAUGACAUGCAGCUGGCCAUGGGACAUCGGUCCACAAUCAGACUCAAAUAUUCAUCGAGCUAGACUUAAUUGGGGCACAAAUGGUGUUCCCAACCAGGUUUGUGUUGACGACUCUGUACCUGGAUCCUGUCACUGGCCAGCUGAUAGCUUCAGCAUGGGAAGCCUCUACACAAUAGUUGUGAACAUAACAACAUCUGACAAUGGCAGCAUCCUGGACAUGAAAGUGUCAAAUCCGUCUGUGGUGAACACAAGUGAGAUAGUAAGGCCAGCUACAUUGACUGACAUCAAUGCCACCAAUUUCAACAAUACCUGUGUACUGUUGUCAUGGCAACAAGUUGAUACUCACAGACUAGCAUGUCGAAUACAGUAUAAUUGCUCUAUUUGGCAAGAGUCCUGUCAGCCCGUGGACAAUGUGUCUGAUGGGUCUGCCUCUGUGUGUGGCCUCCUGUCCGGGACCGUGUAUCAGUGGAACGUGUCAUGUCUGCCUGCAGGAGGGGGAUUCUGGAGCAAUGUCACCACAGUCCUCCACACCACACAGACUGAUGUUCCUGCAUCUCAGCCAGAAGUGCAUCUUGGGAGUUUUCUAGAAGUUGACUGUAACCAAGACAACUGCAGAGGGAUCCUGCUGUUCUGGAAGGCUGUUCCUGCCCACCUUCGUAAUGGUCCCAUCACAGCAUAUCACAUCUUUGUGCAAGACACUGCCACUGGAAAUGAGACUGACAUCACAGUGACAGACAUGGCACAGAUGUCACUAGAACUCCACCUGGAGCCCAACACUACCUACCAGAUCCAGACCUCGGCCUGUACGGAGAGCGGCUGCUCCACCAGGUCCAAACUCAUCACCAUCGCACCACAGGGAAAAGGUGUGUCACCACCCCAGGACUUCACAGUGGAGUUCAUGGCUGACGAGGACCCCGCCAACUUCAACAUCAACUGGCAACCACUCCAUACUCGAGUCGUGUCCUACACUAUGUACUGGUGCAUGAAGGAUGAAAACUCAACCAACUGCACAACCCCCUUGGACUGGAAGAGUGUGUCCCCCAACACCACAGAGUACAAUCUGACCCUCCCAGGACUUAGUGAGAACACCACACAAGACUACAUGGUGGGGAUCUCUGCCGAGGCCAUGAUGACCUCACGGAGGUCACGGAGGGCGAGUGACACAGGUCAGGUGACCAGCAGUGGCAUCUCAUGGAGUCAAUGCCUUCACAUCAGUGGAAAAACUCCAACCGCAGCGCCUGAGGUCCUGCACAUGUCCAGCCACCCCACGACUGCCAGCAUAGACUUGGAGUGGCAGAAGCUGAGCUGCUUGCAGACACCAAGUGUACUGACUGGUGUACUCGUGGUGUACUGUGUAGUGGAUGGAGAUUCUUGUUCAGGACCAGAACAGAGUCAGAUGGCUGUAGGUCAAGGGGUCAGCUACACCUUGAAGAACUUGGACACUGGAAACACGUACCUCAUCAAAGUGUGCGCUGUGUCAGCAGCGGGGAAUGGACCAUUCAGUCCACCGGUCAAAGUAGAGCUGGCAGCAGACCUUGCUCUCAUCUACACAGCAGUCAUUGUGGCCAGUGUGCUGCUUCUCCUGUUGUUCAUCAUCUUCUGUGUCAUAUGGGGAUGUUGCACAAUACAACAAAACAUCAAGAUGGAGGUAGCUUACCCCCAAAACAAGUUACAGCUGCUGCAACAUGAUGAUGAUAUUGACAAGAAAGCUACACAUCCUGAAAACAAUGCAUCAGCCAAAAAUCGUACCUAUUGGAAAAGUGGAACAGACAAAGAUCGAGCGGUAGACAAGGAACUAGAAGACACCAAACUUUUACCUUCAGAAUCUUACAAAGAAAAUGCAAGUAUAAGAUGGAGAGAAUCAUUGGGCCCCAAAAUAACUGACACUUGUUAUAUGGCCUCAUCAGCUAAGAAGAACUCCCUGGAACUUAAGCCUGAAAAUAGAGAAAAAAAUGGUUGGACACAACUCACAGACACAAUGGAUCCCUAUGAAAUAGUGGAUUCUGAUGGUGUAGACAUUCCCCGUGAACGGCUGUCAUCAUUUAAAAGUCAUCUCCCAGUGAGAGAAUACUGCUAUGUUGUGAAAGGGGAUAUUGACUAUGAGAACUAUGUAACAGCUGAAUCGGAACAGGAAUAUUCAUCUCAUCCUCUCAUUACAGAUCCGAAAGAAUUACAAGAAUUACAUGAUAAAGUUCAUCCACAUUUUCAUUCUACCAAUCUGGAUAUUGUUCCUCCUCAUCCACAAUUUAUCCCAUCUUCAACUAAUGUAAGUGCUUUUGUAACUGUACAACAUACUCAUGAUGAUCAACUUUCCAAACUUGAUCAUCCUCCACCAACAUCCCUGCAGAAUUAUCCACCACCACCUAAGGCUUUCUUUGCCACACAGGCUAACCCUCUGCCUGAUUACAGAGCUGUGGGAGAUCCUCCAUCAGAUCAAAAUCUCCUGAAGAACCCCCCUACUCCCAAUGUGCAAUAUUCUACAAAUUCUGCACAUUUACAAACUAACAAAUCAACAACAUAUGUUAUAGAUCCUCCAUCUCCUCAACUUCCACAUCGACAAAGUCUUCCAAGGCCUGCUUGUGUUUCUAGCUCAGGGACGUUCCCCCAUGUGCAAAGACAUACAUUCAUAGAAGAGCAAAAUCAUCCACCACCAGCAACAACGUGCAAUUCACCAAAUCACAACAACAAAAUACACAUGCAUGAACAAAAUCCUUUUCAAUAUCUUCAAAAUGAAUACUCUUACCUCACCUCUGAUAAUUCAAUAACUGUGUCAGAGCAAAAUGAUAAUGAAUCAACAAAAGAGCAAUAUACUCCAAUAAAUACUAUACCAGUGCAAAUCCCCAAGCCUCCAAACCCUCCUCGUCCUGCAAGUGUAAGUAACCCAGUACCUGCUGAGCCCGUACAAAAUAAAGAAACUAUUGAUCCAAAACAUCCUCCUCCAAAUCUUCAAAAUGAACCCCUUCCUCGGGACAAAAAUAGUCCAAUAACUGCUGCCCCCAUUCAGAAUAAUAAGGAACAGAAACAAGAGAAAGAUAUUCCACAUCCGCUGACUAUUAUUACACCUGUGCAAAUCCCCAAGCCUCGCACCAGUCUGCAAAGUCCAAAACCUUUCAAACCUGUUCCUCCAGAACCAGUGGCUCAGAACACUGGAAGAGACACAACAGAUGGCAGAAUCAAGAAUGAACCUGAACAGAAACAGGAGCCCGAGCCCAUGAGAACAAAUGUUACACCAGGAAGUAAUGAACCUGAUAAUAAGUCUACCAAUGACAAAAAGCCCUGGCAACUGUCAAGUGAAAUUCCAAGAAACAGAGGAUCUGUAGACAAAUCCACACAGGAGAACCUUCCUCCCCUGCCGAGUUAUUCAUCCAGACCUCCCUCUGCCAAAUCUAGACCAAGCAAGAAGACAGAUGAAGACAAUAAUGUUUUUGAUAUUUCCAUCCUUGUGGGAGAGCUACUGGGAGAAGGUUUGACGACUAAAAAAGAUGAAGAUGGUCCAGAAGUUACCACGAGGCCUACGAAACUAAGAGGGUCAACAUCUUUACGAGAUGCCAAGGUGAAGCCCAAGCCUCCUGAGGUUCCUCCAAAGCCAAUGUUUGUGACUGCUAGACACAGCAACCUUGGCCAUGUUGAGGUGAGUCCCACAGCAGUAUCUGACCCUCCAGCAGUCUGCAACAGAAGGGAGUUCUAACAAGAAUCAUGACGAGCAGCAUGAAGACAUUUCAGUGCAUUAAGUGCCAUUCAAAGCUCGAAUGUUCAAUUGUGUUUCAAAGGGACCAGGAACCUCAUACAAUGUGAGUGCUUGAUUGUGCUGACUAAAGGAUAAUAAGUCUGAUGUUUGGAGAGAAUCUGACGUGAAAAACAUUCAUGGUGAUGUCAAUGGUCAUCUUAUUCAGCACUGAUUUCAACCAUUAUUAAUCAAUCUUAUCAGUACAAAUUCUUCUUACGGGAAUCCAAAUAAGAUCUGUUACUGUUUUGGACGAUUCAUAAUGUUCAUCACCCUCAAUUUUGUAGUACACUUUUGCAGCUUCCUUUAAAUGUUUUCAUUAAAGGAUGUCAUGGGGUAUGCACGUUUAUAUGUAAUGCAUCCAUAGUUUCACCUUGACUUUCAAAACUAGGGGUCCGAGGCAUCCCUGUUAAUAUAUCUUAAUGAUUCUUACAGGAAAUAUGAGGGUCCUGUAAAGUAAUGAAUUUGUGUUGAAAGUGUGACAAUUAUUCUAAUUACAGCACCUUUACAUUUCUUGUCAAGAAAUUGGUACAAUGAAUAUAAAGGAUGCACAUUUCCGUGUAAAAUCCUGGUAUCUGCAGAUCUCCGACGUUUACCACUUCAGUGAAACCUGUGAGAACGGGUAUGGCACUUACUGGGCCAAAGGAAGGCCUGCUUGCACCCAAGUUUAUAGUUUGUUGCAUUCAAAGGCAUAGGAUCAUAAAGAAAGUAUGAGAGAAAUAUAAUUAUUACUUGCCCGUGAAGAGAUCACCCGUUUAAUAAAGAUACAGCUUUAUUACACAUUGUAUAAUACCAAAACGUGUGCUUAUGUACUCUCGGAACACGU